UUUGGCCCCAUUGUGAAAUUCUCUUUUAUUCUUCUUCUCAACCGCAAACAAGAAUGAAGUUAGCGUGCUCCAGAUUCCGUGGUUCUCAGAGUAUAAUGUUCUUUUUUUGCUACUAUUUAGAUUAAAUGUAUUCGAUGAUUUUAUUAGAGUGGAGAUUUCUCUCAAAUCCAAAAAAACUAUUGAAAACAAAUUGAGAUACGUAUCGGACAAUUAGGUAGCCAUUACGUUUACGUAUCACCACUGUUUAUAUAAUUUACUCAGUCAUGAGACUUCUGUUCACCAUGUUAGUUUCCAAUGUACUUAUACUACACGAUAUCAAUUGAUGAAGAAAUCUAUCUCUAAAGUUGAACUAAAUAAUAAAAUAUCGUGACGUCAUCUAAGAGCUCGUCAAGAGUGCAGUGCAGUUUCAGAUGAUUUAGUCGUCGUGUUCUCUCUCGUGACUUGCAAUCUUCUAAUUACCUCUAAUCAACCAUGACUGGCUUGAUGCGGACCUGGCGGCAAUUCGUCCCUUCCAGGUGCAGCGAACUGCUCGCCGUCGUCAGCCUCACCACCUGCUGCUUGCUCUUCCUCCACACGAGCCACCUGCAGAGCCAACUGCGCCAAUACACCACGCAGCAGCUCUCUGCUGCAGAGACAGGGUCUAACUCACGACAACUAGUGUCGGCCGAGAACUACAUCGUCGACUCCUCGCGACGUGCUGAUCCUGUCAAGGCCUUGAGCUUAUCUCAUGAAGACCCCAUGUCUCUGAACAACACGCAGCACCACGCCAAGUUGACGCUCUUGUUCAACCGAGUGCCUAAAGUGGGAAGCCAGAGCACCAUGGAGCUCUUGCGCGCCCUCAGCUACAAGAACGGCUUCACCUUCCACAGAGACCGGCCACAGAAAGUCGAGAACAUCAAGCUCACCACGCGGGAACAGAAGAGGCUGGUGCAGCUCGUCGACGUCUUCAGACCGCCCUCGGUCUACGUCAAGCACGUCUGCUACGUCAACUUUACGAUGAUGAUUAACGACUACGAGACGUGUGUGCUGAGCGGUGACCGCGAGUGUCAGUACGUGGAGGGCGACGAGCGGCCAGACUUCGCUCAGCUCACAGAGUUCUUCUGUGGCCAGGACACACGAAGUGAGGCGGUUCUCCAAAGUGAACCAGAACAUCUACAAGCCUAAGGUGCAGGAGUCGGUCAAGGAUGUCGUGCGCAAGAACUUCACGAGGGAGAUGGAGUUCUACGACUUCUGCAAGCAGAGACUGCAUCGUCAGUAUGCUGCACUCAACCUCCCACCUCACGCGCUCAACGACCUGGGCUCCUGACCGUCUGUUCCAUCAUCACAGCCCUCAUCUUCUUGUCAUCAUUUCAUUUAAUUUAGAUAAUUUUCUGUUAUUGUUAUUGUUCAGCUUCGUGUUAGAUCGCUAGGCAGGAAAUGUUGCCACUGCUGGCCAGUCGCUAGCAGACUUUAGUAGUCGUUGUAACUAUGACCUAUUGAACAGCGUUGUAACUAUGACCCAUUGAAUAACGUUGUGUAUACGACAAAGACGUACUAAGAUAUAACCCUUAUUUGCCUCGCUCAAUUACAACCGAGCCUGUUGAUUGUAAACAUCCAUGCCCCGAGUGUAAGCCUCCAGCCUGAGGCUGUCUUAGCUCCCCGUGAGAAGCUUUACUUUUCAAGCAAUUCGGUGGACAGAGUUGAUCCAUCACCAACUUCCAUUACGAGUACUGUUCAAAAUACUGAUCGGAGGAAACUCGAUAUGUGUUACGACUGGAUACGAUUAGUAGUGUACUUAAGGACAUUAUAAUAAUAGUAAUAUAGUAUAGAAUUUUGUCAGCUUUCAUUAGGCAAUAUUAGCCUGUAACCGAUUCUUAACCACCCAUCCACUUUGCUGAUUUCGAUCUGAAAUUUCAUAAAUUGUUGCGGGUCUCGAACUCCUAACUCGCUGCUCUAAUCCUGGUAAUCGCAACCAUUCGGCUACCCCGAGCUUGAUUGUGAUUAAUUUGGAUUACAAUUUGAAAAACAUUUAUUUCAAUUUUAGGCGAUGUCGGAUUUUUCGGAUUGUUCUGUGGUGAUAGGUGCAGAUGACCUAUAGACUGUGGGAUGGAACUUGCAAGACUACUUGAUAAUGUGUGUUUUGGUGCCUUUCGUUUGCAGUGUUAAAACUGUUCUUAGAAAUUAGUCUCUAAAAUGCAUUCAGCUGAAGAGCCAAACAAAUCUGGGUGAGUCUAAAAGCGGGCAUUUCGAGGAUUUUCUUAUAAUUCCAGUUCCAUUUUUUUUCUGCAGAAAAAAAAUUUUAUGUGCAGACCCAAAAUGAAUGGUCUAGCCAGUAAUCAUUUUUUCAGUUUUUUUUAGUUUUAUUUUUAAAUCUUCUCUGCCAGUUCUCGGUACUAGAUUUUGAGUUGUUUAAGUAAGUGUAAAUAUUUGUUAGAAAAGUUUAGAAAUUUAUUUCUUGCAGCGUGCUCGGUUUUGUUUGUGUUUAUGCCGCUGCUGCAGGCGCUGUGAGGGCAACCCUCGGAUGUCGAGGGUAGAGCGAGGGUCGGAAGUGUGAUCCCUGUUCGAAGCCUCUCGGUUCUCAAUCAGGGCCUUAAUGUUAUUUGUUGCUAUAGCUCAUUGUCUUCUACUGUUAUUUAUUGCUCUAGCUCAUUGUCUUCUACUGUUAUUUAUUGCUAUAGCUCAUUGUCUUCUACUGUUAUUUAUUGCUAUAGCUCAUUGUCUUCUACUGUUGUUCGUUGCUAUACCUCAUUGUCUUCUAGUGUUAUAUAUUGCUAUACCUCAUUGUCUUCUAGUGUUAUAUAUUGCUAUAGCUCAUUGUUUUCUACUGUUACCUAUUUUCUACUCUUAUUUGCUAUAGCUCAUUGUCUUCUACUGUUAUCUAUCUUAGCUCACUGUCUUCAACCCUGGCCCUAUUUCAUGAGAUCGCGUUUUCUUCAGUAUUGCAUAAUGGUCGAUAUUGCGCCGUGGUGUGCCUGUAAUUCAUAUGAAUACAUUCUUGAAUGCAUGCGCUGUGUAUCUAAUAUCCCUCGCCCGGUAUGCUAUGAAUAAGUAAUAUUAAAG